UCUUUGCCUCACCCAGUCCAACAAUACUAUGCAUCCUAGCGAACUAAUCGUUACAGAUCCCAACCAGUAUCGAGAAAUAACCAACUCGGACAUUUUGCCCUCAGAAAUUUUGGACGGAGAAUUUUUAGUUCUGCUAUUUUUAGCUUGUGAAAGAAUUGCCGUGCUACUAUCAAAUAUUAAGAAGCUUGUUGAAUAUAUCUUGUUUAAACUUCAACUUUCUGGUGCACUAGUCAGAACAAAAAUCGCUGAUUGGUUGAAUACGUGAGUAUCCUCGUGAAGACGCAGCUAGAGCAGUGCCACUUUUAAUCCAGCAGGAAAAUGUACUAUAAAAAGUAUUUUUACAGU